CCAACCCCUCUUAGUCGUGCUUGGAGAAGCGCCGCCUCCUUUUUCUCUUCCGCCGCUUUCACGUUUGCACUCGGCCACUCGGCUUCGGACAUGCAGAACGACGCCGGCGAGUUCGUGGAUCUGUACGUUCCCCGGAAAUGCUCCGCGAGCAACAGGAUCAUCGGGGCCAAGGACCACGCGUCCAUCCAGAUGAACGUGGCCGAGGUUGAUAAGGUCACAGGCAGAUUCAAUGGCCAGUUUAAAACUUACGCCAUUUGUGGAGCAAUUCGUAGAAUGGGAGAAUCUGAUGACUCUAUUCUCCGGCUGGCAAAAAAUGAUGGUAUCGUUUCAAAGAACUUCUAACUGAAGAAAUCUUGUGGAAAAUGUCUUAAUAAAUCAGAAAAACAGCA